UGUGUUUAUGGGGAAGACGAAGGUGGCGAAGUGUACGAGGACUUGAUGAAGGCAGAGGAGGCGCAUCAGCCUAAAUGUCCAGAAAAUGACAUACGAAGUUGCUGCCUAGCAGAAAUCAAGCAGACAGAAGAAAAAUAUACAGAAACAUUGGAGUCAAUAGAAAAAUAUUUCAUGGCACCAUUAAAAAGAUUUCUGACAGCAGCUGAAUUCGAUUCAGUAUUCAUCAACAUUCCUGAACUUGUAAAAGUUCAUCGGAACCUAAUGCAAGAGAUUCAUGAUUCUGUUGUAAAUAAAAACGACCAGAACUUGUAUCAAGUUUUCAUUAACUACAAGGAAAGGCUGGUUAUUUAUGGGCAGUACUGCAGUGGAGUGGAGUUGGCCAUCUCUAGUUUAGACUACAUUUCUAAGACAAAAGAAGAUGUCAAACUGAAAUUAGAGGAAUGUUCUAAAAGAGCAAAUAAUGGGAAAUUUACUCUUCGAGAUUUGCUUGUGGUUCCUAUGCAGCGCGUUUUAAAGUAUCACCUUCUCCUUCAGGAGCUGGUCAAACAUACCACUGAUCCUAUGGAGAAGGCAAAUUUGAAACUGGCUCUUGAUGCAAUGAAGGACUUGGCACAGUAUGUGAAUGAAGUGAAAAGAGAUAAUGAGACCCUUCGUGAAAUUAAACAGUUUCAGCUAUCUAUAGAAAAUUUGAACCAACCAGUUCUGCUUUUUGGACGACCUCAGGGAGAUGGUGAAAUUCGAAUAACCACUCUAGACAAGCAUACAAAACAAGAAAGGCAUAUCUUCUUAUUUGAUUUGGCAGUGAUUGUAUGUAAAAGGAAAGGUGAUAACUAUGAAAUGAAAGAAAUAAUAGAUCUUCAGCAGUACAAAAUAGCCAACAAUCCUACAACUGAUAAAGAAAAUAAAAAGUGGUCUUAUGGCUUCUACCUCAUCCAUAUCCAAGGACAAAAUGGGUUAGAAUUUUAUUGCAAAACAAAAGAUUUAAAGAAAAAGUGGCUGGAACAGUUUGAAAUGGCUUUGUCCAACAUAAGGCCAGACUAUGCAGACUCCAAUUUCCAUGAGUUCAAGAUGCACACCUUCAACCGAGUUACAUCCUGCAAAGUCUGCCAGAUGCUCCUGAGGGGAACAUUUUAUCAAGGCUAUUUAUGUGUUAAGUGUGGUGCAAGAGCACACAAAGAAUGUUUGGGAAGAGUAGACAAUUGCGGCAGAGUUAAUUCUGCGGAACAAGGGACCCUCAAACCAUCCGAGAAACGGACCAAUGGACUCCGAAGAACCCCCAGACAGGUGGAUCCAGGUUUACCAAAGAUGCAGGCCAUUAGGAACUACACUGGAACGCCAGCCCCCGCUCUUCAUGAAGGACCCCCGUUACACAUCCAGGCAGGGGAUACAGUUGAACUUCUGAGAGGAGAUGCACACAGUCUGUUUUGGCAGGGUAGAAAUUUAACAUCUGGAGAGGUUGGAUGUUUUCCUAGUGAUGCUGUCAAGCCUUGCCCAUGUGUGCCCAAACCAGUAGAUUAUUCUUGCCAACCCUGGUAUGCUGGGGCAAUGGAAAGAUUGCAGGCAGAGACUGAACUUAUUAACAGGGUAAAUAGUACUUACCUUGUGAGGCACAGGACCAAAGAGUCAGGAGAAUAUGCAAUUAGCAUUAAGUACAAUAAUGAAGCAAAGCACAUCAAGAUUUUAACAAGAGAUGGCUUUUUUCACAUUGCAGAAAAUAGAAAGUUUAAAAGCUUAAUGGAACUUGUGGAGUACUACAAGCAUCACUCUCUUAAAGAAGGAUUCAGAACCUUGGAUACAACUCUGCAGUUUCCAUACAAGGAGCCAGAACAUUCAACUGGACAAAGGGGUAAUAGAGCAGGCAACAGCUUGUUAAGUCCAAAGGUGCUGGGCAUCGCCAUCGCUCGGUAUGACUUCUGUGCAAGAGAUAUGCGAGAAUUGUCCUUGUUGAAAGGAGAUGUGGUGAAGAUUUACACGAAGAUGAGUGCGAAUGGCUGGUGGAGAGGAGAAGUGGGCUGGUUUCCAUCCACGUAUGUGGAAGAGGAUGAAUAAAUUCCAAUCCAGCAUUGCACCCCGCACCAGGAAUUUCAGAGAAGGGAUAAAUAGAAGCCUGCACAGCAUUAUGAAUUCACUGAAGUGUUUAAAAAGCUGCCUUUCUGGCUAUUCAACAUCCUCCCUCUUUUUCCCCUCCUAAGUCUUAAUGCUGGGGUUUCUAAAGAUGCUGGUACUGUCAUCGUCAGGGACCAGGACAAAGCCAAAAGCUUUUCUUCCCCCAAAGAGCCCUGCAAACACAUUGGUUCAUGUUUCUUUUUCCUUCGUCCAGUCAGACGCCAUGAAUGCCAGCCAGCCAUUAGUAAAUGCUUAACACAUAUUUACUUUCUUCUCACGUGCCAUUCACCAGAAUUUUUGAUGGUACAGAGAAGCAGUUUAAUUUCGCCUUUCCCAGCAUGAAGAAAAAUGGGAGUUCUGCCACUGGGGCAGCUUAUUGGAAAGAUCCAGCAUUACUUGUCUUAAAUUGCUUCACAGGGUGACUCAUUGCCUGGCAAACACUUUUACCCCCUGAUGCUACUCAUGUUAAAAUAUAAGAGACAAAUGCUCAGGUUUGCUUCAUAAGUGAUAUUAUAUGGGAGGGGGGGU